CUCAUUUUCUUUGUUUCACCUUUUCUUUCACCGUUCCAACUCCGACUGCAUUCAUUCUCAAGCUACUUAUUUCGCUUGCUCGGACGUGCAAACGAGACGCUUUCAAAUAUUCUUUCUGACCACAGUUUGCGCAUCUUCACUCGUCUGAAUCUUCAUUUCUCUUCCGCUUGCCCAGAUCUACUCGGCUACUUUGCCCAAAGUAGGCCAUUCCAGCUCGAUGGAGACCCCAAUCUCCAGUUCUGCUUCCGUCAGGGUUGCUUUCGAAGGCUGCGGACAUGGCUGUCUCAAUGAUAUAUACGCUUCAGUCGAGAACGCUGCCACUUUAAAAGGAUGGGAUAGUGUUGACUUGGUCAUCAUUGGUGGCGAUUUUCAGGCUGUCCGCAAUGCCAAUGAUCUUACCUGCAUGUCUGUACCCCAAAAGUACAGAGAGCUGGGCGAUUUCCACGAAUACUACAGUGGAAAACGUACCGCGCCGUACCUGACUGUCUUUAUCGGGGGUAACCAUGAAGCCGGCAAUCAUCUGUUCGAACUCUAUUACGGAGGGUGGGUUGCCCCCAAUAUCUACUACCUGGGUGCAGCGAACGUUCUUCGGUUUGGGCCUCUUCGGAUUGCCGGUAUGUCGGGUAUCUGGAAAGGCUACGACUACAGAAAGCCGCAUCUGGAGAGAUUGCCUUAUAAUCGCGACGACAUUUCAAGCAUCUACCACGUGAGAGAGCUAGAUGUUCGGAAGCUACUCCAAAUCCGGACCCAGGUUGACCUGGGUUUGUCUCAUGACUGGCCUAAGCAGGUUGAACUGUGCGGAGAUUCCGAGUAUCUCUUCAACACGAAGAGAGGCUUCCGUGAAGACUCCGAAAGUGGCAAACUGGGCAAUGCCGCAGCCAAGUACGUCCUUGACCGUCUGCGUCCGGCCCAUUGGUUUUCCGCCCACCUGCAUGUGAAGUUCGCUGCCAUAGUCGCUCAUGGAGAGUAUUUUAUCCCCGUACACCCCGCUGCUAAAAGAAAGGCCGAAGCUCCCCAACCCGACCCUCUUCCCGCCCCGGGUCCCCAGAACCAGUUCGGCCUUGAUGGCGCGGUCCUUACAGCUCUGGCGCUUCCCGACGAUGAACAAGAGGCCGAGCGUCCACUUCCAACCCGUUCUGCUGUGGAGCAGGAGCCCUCGGACAACCACGAAACCGCGGACGCAGCAAGCCAAGGCUCGGAUACCAAGAAAGAUGGAGAAGCCCCGUCUGAGAAGGAAAAUCCCAGCACCUCCAAUGAUGCCCAGAGUAAGAUAUCAGCAUGGAAUAACUUCCACACCGUGGCGGCUGAAGCUGAGGCAGCUGAAAAUUCUCGAUUUCUGGCAGAUCAAUCCCUUCAGUAUGCAGCAUUGACACCAAUCGAGACCGACGAGGACGGAUCCGGUCGUAUCUAUACCGGCACCGAGCGAGACGGUAGCAAUAAGAAGCUGAAGACCGAACACAAUCACGAACCCGUGAAGAACUCCGACGAGAUCGACCUCGACUUGGACAGUGAUUCCGAUGCCGAAGCGACUACUCAAAAGACGUCUACUCCCGUGGCUAGACAGAAUGAUGGGCCCCCUUCUAACAAAUCAGCCUCUAGCGAUGGCUCAAAGAAUACUACGGCUGACCCGGCUUUGCCGGCCAGUGGAACUGCCAUUCCUGAAGAUGUUCGCAACCAACUUCCUGCCAGUUUCGCCCCCCCUCAGCCCGAGACUUUCCCGGCGAACGGGCCUUUGCCAGAGGCGAUCGCCAACAAGACCACCAAUUUCCUGGCACUCGACAAAUGUCUUCCCCAACGCCACUUCUUACAACUUCUCGAAAUCGAGGCGAUCUCUGAUCAGGAAGGCGUUCAGCACGAACGGCCCUAUCGCCUACAAUACGAUAAAGAAUGGCUAGCAAUUACCCGUGUCUUUGCUGAUGACCUGCAACUGGGAGAGUCCGCUGCUAAACCCCCCGCUGACAAGGGAGACCAGAUCUACAAGCCGCUAAUUGAGGAAGAGGAGAAAUGGAUUGACGAGCAUGUCGUCAAGCCUGGAAAGCUGGAUGUCCCCGAGAACUUCACCAUAACCGCCCCGGUCUACGAUCCGGCUGUCCCACUCAACACAGAUGAACAGCCCAUCGAAUACACCAAUCCCCAGACUGCGCAGUUCUGCGAGCUGGUCGGAAUUGAAAACAAGUUCCAUAUGAGCGACGAAGAGCGCCAAGCUCGCAUGGCUGCCGGUCCUCGACCCAGUGAUUUCAGACCUAGGGAUCGGGGCCCCCGUCGCGGUGGAUUUGGCCGAGGCGGACGUGGAGGGGGCGGCAGAGGUCGUGGUGGGAGCGGCCGUGGAGGUGGCCGCGGUCGUGGCCGCGGUUAUCAGCAAUUUCAACACUGAAACAUGGCUUCUUUGUCUCCCGACCUUGAUUGAACAAUGCAAAAAAGAUGUCAAUACAUUCGGCUGACUUGAGCAAUGCCGUUCUGUUUUCGAUGAUGUUGGUAAGACAAUGGCGUUCGGGAGGGACUUUCGCUCGCGUUUAUUUAUUUCUAAUGGAUUUUAUGGUUCCAGUACAUUUGACAUGAUAGCUAGGGGUGGGCAGAAUGUGUUUCCCUUCAAUCUUCUUGUGUCUGUUUCGUCAUUUGCCUGUUUAUCGCGUGGAUUCCUCGAACUUCACCUGUCAAGUGGAGCCGACAGAUAUCUUUGAAAACUUACGAUGGAAAAUGGUGGUACAGUACUUACGACUUUGCGUCUUGCUGCUUCUGUGAAGAACCUGCUUCAUUCUGAUUCUACUGCGCUGUAUUAAUGCUAUCUCCAAUUG